GACGUGGUUGUCUUUAUCUGAAGGUCUUCUUUUUACUUUGUAUAGCGAGAUUGAUCGUCGGAUUAUCUACCUACCUGUAUAACUACGACACUACACAAAAAAGGUGGAUUGCAUACCUACAACAGAAUAAUCACCAUGUGCAAGAAAGCUUCAUGCGACUCCUGCCACAAGGUCACUUGGUGGGGCUGUGGAAAGCACGUUGCUGGUGUCAUGGAGAGCGUUCCGUCAGAGCAGUGGUGCACAUGCGUACCACGGAUCGAGCAAGAGGGACAGCAAUACCCGCCCAAGGGCUCUUUGUCAUCGGCAUGACUCCCGACGUGGUUGAGCGGGCGUAAGAAUUGAUGGCAGGACAACUGGUACUACUCAUCAAUUUCGGCCUGCUCGGCCCAAGAACAAAACCCACGCAGGAAAAUUGUACACGACACGGCGUAUGUAGGAGUAAAGGUGUGAAAAAAAAGGGCGUUUUCUUGGCCUUUACGGCAUGAUGCGGAUGUUGUUAGUUUCCUUCUAUGAGAAGGACUUAGCGACUUGCAAUAUUACAACAUUACCGUUACUAGUUUCCACGAAUAGUUAUGUAUCUGAACCAAUUGAUGCUUUAGACACCAGUCAGCACCCACGAA